GUUCUUCUCAAACAUCGCGGUAACAGAGAGGGCCCUCCCUCCCGGCCGGUUCAACCUCGCCCAUUUCCUGCCGGCGAUCUCCUGACGUCAAAGGCGCGCCGGAGCGCGGGAACAGCGGUUCCUGGGGCGGAAGUGCUGUCGGAGGAAGUGAUUGCUGCAGAAGCCGUGGGUGGGAUGGCCGCGGGCCGGUCUUUCCUACGUCGGCUUCGAGCACCCUUCAGUCUCAUGGCCCAGCGCCCACUUGAGGGCGCGCCCUUCUCCAGGGCCCUGCACGCGGGGCGCGGGCCACGAAGGCUUUCCAUCGAAGGCAACAUUGCCGUGGGAAAGUCCACCUUUGUGAAGCUACUCACGAAAACUUACCCAGAGUGGCAUGUAGCUACAGAACCUGUAGCAACAUGGCAGGAUAUCCAGGCUGCUGGCACCCAAAAAGCCGGCACUACCCAAAGUCUUGGAAACUUGCUAGAUAUGAUGUAUCGAGAGCCAACACGAUGGUCCUACACAUUCCAGACAUUUUCCUUCAUGAGCCGCCUGAAAGUACAGCUGGAGCCCUUCCCUGAGAGAUUCCUACAGGCCACGAUGCCAGUGCAGAUCUUUGAGAGGUCUGUGUACAGUGACAGGUAUAUCUUUGCAAAGAAUCUUUUUGAAAAUGGUUCCCUCAGUGACAUCGAAUGGCAUAUCUAUCAGGACUGGCAUUCUUUCCUCCUGCGGGAGUUUGCCAGCCGGCUCAUUUUACAUGGCUUCAUCUACCUUCAGGCGACUCCCCAGGUUUGUUUGAAGAGACUACACCAGAGGGCCAGAGAGGAAGAAAAAGGAAUCGAGCUGGCCUAUCUUGAGCAGCUCCAUGGACAACACGAAGCCUGGCUUGUUCACAAGACAACUGCACUCCACUGUGAAGCUGUGCUGAAUAUUCCAGUGCUGGUGUUAGACGUCAAUGAUGACUUUUCUGAAGAAGUCACCAAACAAGAAGAACUCCUGAGAAAAGUUCACAGCUUUGUAAAGAAUCUGUAACCAAUGCCAUGAUAUUCUGGCCGUGAUCUGUGCUCUCUGACUUUCUGAAGCUAGAAAAAUGUUGACUCUGCCCCUGCCUUUCCAUCUCCAUCCCCUUCUAUCCCUAGAGCGCUCUGACAUUCAGAGUAUUCAGAGUAUAGUUUGUGUUAUCUUGAUACUUUGCUGUUGUCUUCUUUUAUAUAUCAAGGAUUUUGAAAAUAAAGUUUGUCUAAGUUUUACUUAU